UGACGCUUGCUCUGGGGUGAGGAGGGCAGGCCUCUAAUCUGUGGCUUCCUGGCACCUGUCAGCGCGUAGCAUCUCCAGCUUUGCCCCUUUUUGCCAUGUGCGACACGGAGGGGGCUCCUGUUUGGCGCUGUCCGAGGCCUCAGGCAGAAGUCAGGGUUGCACGGAUGAACUGUGCCCUAGGCGGUGGCACGGGGGCCCUCCAGAAUGUCUAGACUGAAGGCACCCAGAGAUGCACUUCUCGGCUGCGGACGCGACCCGCGCCCUAGCUCGGUUCACUAGGGCGGGACUCCGACCCAGGGAACGCCCUCGGACCUUUGGCAAAGACACAGGAACUGGUGCGCAGGCGCUUGGGCGCAGGCCUAUCUUAGUGCGCGUGCGCGCCAGCUACUUCCCAGCAUUCCGGGUGUGGGUGGGGCCUGUGACGUCAAGUCGUUUAAUCCGGAAACGGCGGCGGCGAAGACGACAGAACCGAGAGGCCUUCGUUAGUGGGUACGCCAGGGAUCUGAGCAAGUGGCGCGUGACCCGGAAGCGGAAGCAACUCCCUGUGCCUGCUCCGGCCUGCCAGCGGGCUCCAGCCACCAUGGACCUGUUGUUUGGGCGCCGGAAGACACCAGAGGAGCUACUGCGGCAGAACCAGCGGGCCCUGAACCGCGCCAUGCGGGAGCUGGACCGGGAGAGGCAGAAACUAGAGACCCAGGAGAAGAAAAUCAUUGCGGAUAUCAAAAAGAUGGCCAAGCAGGGCCAGAUGGAUGCUGUGCGCAUCAUGGCAAAAGACUUGGUGCGUACCAGGCGCUAUGUACGCAAGUUUGUGUUGAUGCGCGCCAAUAUCCAGGCUGUGUCCCUCAAGAUACAGACACUGAAGUCCAACAACUCAAUGGCACAAGCCAUGAAGGGUGUUACCAAGGCCAUGGGCACCAUGAACAGACAGCUGAAAUUGCCCCAGAUCCAGAAGAUCAUGAUGGAAUUUGAGCGGCAGGCAGAGAUCAUGGACAUGAAGGAGGAGAUGAUGAAUGAUGCCAUUGAUGAUGCCAUGGGGGACGAGGAGGAUGAAGAGGAGAGUGAUGCUGUUGUGUCCCAGGUCCUGGAUGAGCUGGGACUAAGCCUGACGGAUGAACUGUCAAAUCUCCCCUCGACUGGAGGCUCACUGAGCGUGGCUGCUGGUGGGAAGAAGGCAGAGGCCACAGCUUCAGCCCUGGCUGAUGCAGACGCAGAUCUGGAAGAGAGACUCAAGAACCUAAGAAGAGACUGAUGACCCCACUGCCAAGGGGGAUGUCCGGAACAGACACCCAGGGUCUUUACCAUGCCCUCUGUAAUAAAAUUGGACACUUAAUCCCAAA